AUGCCGCUGACGCCGCGAAAGCUCUUCGCCAGAUCAAAGGCCUCGUCGCGCCGAAACCCGCGUGAGCGCGGCCGAGCGGAGACGGACGAGCAGGAGCUCGCUGUCGUUCAGCUGCAGGCAUGCGUGCGCGGGCGAAGCACGAGGCGGAAAAUGGGCGGCUUUUUCCUCGGUGGCUUCCUUGCCGUGCCGACGAGACUCUUUAGCUCGGGCGCGCCGUCAGUCGAGGCGUUGCGCGCUAAGAAUGCGGCGCACCUGUUUCCCAAGAGGGAGAGGCGGGAGGCGAUGGAGCUGCUCGACCAGCUAACGUCGGUGCUGGACGCCAAAGCCGAGUCGGCGUGGGCGCGGUGCCGCGACAUGGCGCCUGGGCAGGGGCAGCAGCAGCCGCAGCAGCCGCAGCAGCCGCAGCAGCCGCAGCAGCCGCAGCAGCCGGCGGCGGCG